CCCAGCCCGUCGAAGAGGGUCGCGUUCCCCACUCCCCCCACCCCACUCUCCCUCCCCUCCGCCAGCCAGCCAGGGACUCACUCGCCCCUCUAUCACUGCCUCUCCUCUUUCAGUUCUCUCCCCCUUUUGCCACCGGGCCUUCUUUCGUCUGCUUCCUUUCUUAACCCUAGGUUCGCGCGCUCUCUCCCUCACUCGCGUUACCGCGGCCUCUUGGUUCGCGCGUUGCAUGGGGAUCGUAGCCGCUGACACUUUCGCUGCGCUCGCCCGCAUUGUAUCUUAGAUCUUUGCAUUCGCAAGGCUCGUUUUGGGUUUGGUCGGGUGUCAGGUGGUGGUCUCUAAGGUAGGUAGGGCGGGUAAUCUGGCGGAUCAGGACGGGCUGCUGGUCAUGGACUCCGAUCAGGGCAAGCUCUUCAUCGGUGGCAUAUCGUGGGAGACCACGGAGGAGAAGCUGCGCGAUUAUUUUAAGAGCUAUGGCGAGGUGGUCGAGACCGUGAUCAUGAAGGACCGCGCGACGGGGCGCGCGCGGGGCUUCGGGUUUGUGAUCUUCGCCGACCCGAGCGUGGCCGAUCGGGUGGCGGGCGAGAAGCACACUAUCGACGGAAGAACGGUGGAAGCGAAAAAAGCUGUGCCGAGAGACGAACAGCAGAAUAUGCCUAGGAGCAACAGCGUGGGUGGCCUAGGGCCAGCAACAUCCCACACUAGGACAAAGAAGAUAUUUGUGGGGGGCUUAGCCUCAACAGUUACAGAAGAUGACUUCAAAAAGUAUUUCGAGCAGUUUGGUACUAUUACAGAUGUGGUUGUUAUGUAUGACCACAAUACUCAAAGGCCUCGGGGCUUUGGCUUCAUCACUUUUGAUUCUGAGGAUGCAGUUGAGAACGUGAUCCAAAAGUCGUUCCACGAGCUCAACGAGAAGAUGGUGGAGGUGAAGAAGGCCAUUCCGAAGGAGCUGUCGGGAGGGUCGGGUCGAGCUGCCGCGGGAUUCGGCGGAGGAGGUCGCGGCGGGGGCAACUACGGAUCGGGGUACAGCCAGGGAGGAUACGGCGGUGGGAGUCCAGGAGGAGGGAGUGGGUACGGCGGUGGGAGUCCGGGAGGAGGGAGUGGGUACGGCGGGCGCGGCGACAGCCGGUAUGGGCCGAGUCCAGGUGGGCGAGGCGGGUAUCCGGGGUACGGGGCUGCAGGUUACGGAGGUGCGGGAUUCGGGAGCAGCGGUGGAUAUGGCGCGGGGAUGAACGGGGGCUACGGGGGCAGCGCGUAUGGCAGCAGCGGUGGGUACGGGAGUGGCGCGGGGGGUUACGGGAGUGCAGGAUACGGGAACGCUCCGGGCGCAGGAGGUUACGGCAGCGCUGCGGGGUAUGGCAGCGGAGGCGUGGGCAGCGCAGGGUAUGGGAGCGCUCCCGCGGGGGGGAGAAGCGCGUGGGGCAGCGGAGGUGGUGGGUACGGGACGGGAUCGGGCUCGACUGGGUACGGGGGCAGCGGGACGGGGAGCAUGAGCGGGUACGGCAAUGCAGGAUGGGGGACGACGGGGACGGGGGCAGGGGCCGCAGUGAGUUCGGGUUACGGAAGUGCGGGGUAUGGUUACGGAAGCAGCGACGCAGGCUACGGAUCGACGGGUGGGUAUGGCGGUCGAGGUAGCGGGUACGGGUCGAGCGCAGGAGGUUACGGGACGGCGGGUGCAGGGGCGGGAAGCGGGAGCUACGGUGGGGGUUACGGAGAUGCAUAUUCGGGAUACGCCGACAACACGUGGAGGUCGUCGGGGACAGAUCCAUACAGUUCGGGAGGCACGGGGUCCGUGGGAGGAGGGACGGGAGGUGGAUUCGGCGUGGGCGGAGGCGCUAGCGCGGACGGAGCAGUGAACGGAGCGUCAGGCUACGGGGGAGGAUACGGUGUGGCAGGCAGACAGACACAGCGAGGUCCUGAUGCCAGAUUCAGGCCCUACCCUGCCGCUGGUGACCGCACUGGCUAGUCACUGCAUUUGGUUGCGUACGAGGCUUAGGCAGCAUAUGUUGAUAAGGUGUAUCGACCUAGAUGUCAUGUAAGGGAGGCAGGAUUUUGGCUGCAUUACGAUCAUCCGAAAAGAUGGAGCACAGGCGGCGUUGAGCCAAAUGUGGGGUUGGUUGGCAAUGGAGUGGACUGUCAGUAGUUGUGGUGUAGGACGAAUUGGUAGGAGAGGACAGAGCACUAAAUUUAGCUGCAGCAGCAUUUAACACGACCUGGUCUGUCCUUUUCUUUUCUUUCUGUUUUCUGUUUUUAUUGCCUUUUUUUUCUUUUGUCAAAAAGGGAAUCGUUGUAUUUUCGUAGUUUGAUAGAAAUCUCAGUGUUGUCUGAUAACACUCGAUUUUUUCAGAACUCUUGUUGUUUAGUAAAAGUAGCACAGGCUACAGGGUUAAGGUAUGCAUCAUCACCAGAGAUACGGUAAUCGGUAGAUUCUGAGCAGAUUUAGGGCCGAGGUGGUGCUAUCCUCUUAUUUAUUUGAGAAGUACAUUUUGGCUUGCAGACAAUUGUGCAGCUGUGUACUA